UGUUUCCGGGCGCUGCGGACUCGGUUUGAAGGCCGCUGCUCGGGACGUGCUCGGUGGCUGCUCCCGGCGCCAUGGGAAAGCGGGACAACCGGGUGGCUUAUAUGAAUCCCAUAGCAAUGGCUCGUGCCAGAGGACCGUCUUCCUCUGGCGGUCCGACGAUACAGGAUUAUCUGAGUAGACCCAGGCCAACUUGGGAAGAAGUGAAAGAACAACUGGAAAAGAAAAAGAAAGGCUCCCGAGCUCUCGCAGAAUUUGAAGAAAAAAUGAAUGAGAGUUGGAGAAAAGAGCUGGAAAAACACAGGGAAAAGAUCAUUUCUGGUAAUGAGAAUCCUUCUAAAAAGAAAGAGAAAAAGAAAAAAGAGAAGAAAAAAUCUGCUGGGUUUUCUUCAUCAUCUUCCCCUUCUUCAUCGAGUUCUGAUUCUUCCUGCAGCUCAGAUGAAUCUGACAAUGAGAGCAAGAAAAAACAAGCUAAAAGAAAGAAGAAGAAAAAAUAUUCCUCCCGCAAGACUUCUGAUAGUAGUUCAGACAUGGAUUCAGACAGCAAGGACAGCCUGAAAAAGAAGAAAUCGAAAGAUGAUCCGGACAGAGACAAGGGCAGAAAACGGAGAAGGACUGAAGAAGAUCAUAAACAUUCAUCAUCAGAAUAUUGUUCCAGAUCAGAAUCUGAUGAAGAGGUUCACAGUAAAAAGAAAAAAUGCACAGAAGAAAAGGCUGAUAAAGUAAAAAAGAAAAAGAAGCACAAGAAACAUAACAAGAAGAAGAAGAAAAAGGGUAUUAGCCCAAGCUCGGAUUCUGGAUAACACAAUAAUCGAA